UGGAAUGGCGUGCAAAAGAUAAAGGCAAUUUACCAUCCUACCCCUCAUUUCACCGGCUAUGAGCUCCAAGGAAGAUCCAUCAUUUCCUUACCAUCAAAAAAAGACAGCAUUACCAGCAGUAUCCAGAAACUCACCUAACCAAAGGUGACAAAGUUUCACAGUCGAGGAGGAAGAACUGGGACAUCAGGGGUCUAUCUUCUAGCAGUUUCAUGUUAUAUUUCCUCUACCUGAACACCAAUCAAUGAGAACAACAUACUUCCUUUACUAAAAGAACAUGGCCAAGGGAGCAAAAGGCCCCAAGGGCAAAAAGAUCACCCUCGCUGUGGCCAAGAAUUGUAUCAAGAUCACAUUUGAUGGAAAGAAACGUCUUGACUUGAGCAAGAUGGGAAUUACCACCUUUCCCAAGUGUAUUUUGCGACUCACUGAUGUGGAUGAGCUCGACCUUAGCCGGAAUUUGAUCAAGAAGAUUCCUGAUGCCAUCUCCAAGUUCCAGAACCUGCGGUGGCUGGACUUGCACAGCAACUAUAUUGACAAGCUCCCCGAGACCAUCGGUCAGAUGACCUCUCUGCUCUACCUCAACGUCAGCAACAACAGGCUGACCACCAACGGGCUGCCCGUAGAGCUCAACCAGCUCAAGAAUGUCCGCACUGUGAAUUUAGGCCUGAACCAUCUGGACAGCGUGCCCACCACACUGGGUGCUCUGAGGGAGCUCCAUGAGGUGGGGCUCCAUGACAACCUGCUGAGCAACAUUCCCAACAGCAUCUCCAAGCUCCCCAAGCUGAAAAAGCUCAACACAAAGCGAAAUCCCUUUCCCAAGGCAGAGUCGUCGGAUAUGUUUGUGGAUUCCAUCAGGAGGCUGGACAACCUAUAUCUGGUGGAAGAGAAGGAUCUGUGUGGGUCUUGCCUGAGAAAAUGCCAACAGGCCCGGGACAAGCUGAACAAAAUCAAGAGCAUGGCCACAGCGACACCAAGAAAAGCCAUCUUUUCCACUUUGGUCUCACCCAACUCCAUGGCCAAGGAAUCCCAAGAAGAUUGGAGGUGAUCUGGGACCCUGACCCUUAAGCAGGAAGGGAAAAGGGAGGGGGAGGGAAGGUGACAAUGGGCUGCAUCCUCAGAAAACUGAGAGAUCCUGCCAUUACUGCAAUAGCUUCUCCAACCACGCCCAUAAAAUACCUUUCCCUAC